AUGCGUUCCUCUUCUGCCAUCGCUCCUCUGGCUUUCGCCCUGCCCGCUACCGCUGUCGCCAACGACGUCUGGGCCUUUGGCAAUGGUUUCUACUCUGGUCCUGCGUCGGGUGCCCACAUCACCAAAGCUACCUGGUCCAUUGUCCCUCCUACCGUUCCUCAGGGUGUGACUGUUGAGUCGACUGACGAUGAGGUCUGGGUGUCGCUGUGGAUUGGUCUGUCUGCGACUGCUGGGUCAGACGAUGAUGAUCUCUACCAGCCUUUGCUGAACUGGUCGCCUGAUCAGGAGUCGCAGGGCUGCUCUGCUAGUUCCUCUGAGUGGUGUGUUGCUGCUAGCACUUACACUCCUAAUGGACAAAACGGCCAGGCCUAUGUGACUGUGCCCAAGAACACCCAGGUUGACUUUGAUGUUACCGUCGAGGAUAACAAGGUCAUCCAGACCGUCACCAUCGACGGCAAGGUCGUUUCCAAGGAGAGCGACGACCUCGUCAGCGACCUGCUGUACCUCUACUCUGGAGACGAAUGCUACACUGGCUCCGGAACCUGCGGAACUCUUGAAGCUUACAGCUACACCAACUUGACGGUCCAUCUCAACACCGCCGAUGAAAACUACGGCAAGACCCUCAACCUUUACAGUGGCUCCAACUCCAACGGCCUCACUACCUCAGACGGCGGCAAGACCUGGCACACCGAUGCCAUCAAGAUUUCUGAGGAUACUUUCACCAAUGUGGACCAGUAA